AUGGCUCUCCUAUUUGCGUCGAUAUGGGAUAUCACAGCGCUGCCGCCGCGCGAAGCUCCGAGAUAUGGCUGGUGGGAAGAUCUCGAAACACCAGCGGCCAGACUUUGGCAAAAUCAUACCAGAGACCUCAACCUCAACUAUGAGAUUUCAAGAGGUUUCAGCGCGAGUCAAUAUGUACCACGAAUCUUGAACGGUGACCCUAAAAGUAGUCGAACAAGUUUCAUAGCGACCUUCUUCUAUCUUUGUUCUGAGCUGGGCGACAGAUACUUCGACGUAACCAUGAUCGAUUGGCUUCUUGAACAACUGAUAGAUGAUGUUAAUGCAGGCGAAGAACAUCUGAGGAUGAGUGAAUGGACACAGUCACUCUGGUUAUUUUGCGUACUGUUUGGAGCGUCCAUAGCGUUCACUGGCCGGGCCAAUAAUGUAAUCGAAGAAAGACAACUGAGCAAAUGGCGAGGCGUUUACGGCGACAAAAUGAAACUGGCCAGUCGAGAGCUGGGAAUCAAAAGCUGGCAGUCAGCCCGGGCGAUGCUGGCUGAGGUGGUGGGAGGGAUAGACGGCGAAUUAGAAAAGGGUCUAGAGGAGUUAUGGAAUGAGGGGAUAUCAGGAGAGACAUCGGGCGAGAGCAGUGCAAGUCCAGCAGUGGUAGAGCUGUCAGAAUCCGACUAA